UAAAGUUCUCUCUCUCUAUCGAUCCCAGCAAACCUGUUCGCCUGCCGUAUACUAGAACUAUUUUUUAGAGAUGGUUAACCUCACAGUAAUCUCGCCCCAGCCAAAACCUAAAGCAAAGGCGAAGCACCAAAAUAUUGGCCCGCCGCCGCGGCGGCGUAGUCAAGGGGAGAUGGCGGCGGCCGAGGAGAAGGCCGUAGGGGGCGCGGCGGGGAAGGGGAAGGAGAAGGUGGUGGAGGCAUCGGUGCCCGCGGCGGCGGCGGCGGCUGGCGGGAGGGGGAGGUUCGUGGCCUACCCGGCACGGGUGGCGGAGCACGGGGACGUGGUGACGGACGCCGCGCUCUUCAGGGCGGCGCUCGAGAAGCUGCACGCGCAAAUGGGCACCAGACUCAAGGUGCCAAUUAUUGGUGGGAAAGAUUUGGAUCUUCAUCAGCUGUAUAAGGAGGUCACAUCGCGAGGUGGCAUUGAUAAGGUGAAGGCCGAGAAUAGAUGGAGAGAAGUAACUGCAUCAUUUAUUUUCCCCGCCACUGCAACAAAUGCUUCUUUUAUGUUGAAGAAAUACUAUAUGUCACUCUUAUACCAUUUUGAACAGCUAUACUUCUUUAGAGUGCAAGGCUGGUAUCAACAAGAAAUAGAUUCCAGAACAAAUUCCUUCAUAGUAAAAACUGAAGCCCAAGCUUCCCACAAAAGAAAAAGGGGCAGCAAUGCAUGUUCGUCAGAUCAAGCUCCGUCUUCAGAUAAUACUGAUGUAGAUGUAAUAAUUGAUGGCAAAUUUGAACAUGGCUACAUAGUAACUGUUAUUAUGGGGUCAAAAUCCACUAAAGCAGUCCUCUAUAAUUCCACUGAAGAACCUGCUCAGGCAACUCCUGUACCUCCUGUUGCAAGUAACAACACUGAUUUGAAGGGUGGACGUCGCCACCGCCGCCGUAGGAAGAAGCUAAGUACAACAGACCCCAGACAUCCCAAACCAAACAGGAGUGGCUAUAAUUUCUUCUUCCAAGAUCAGCACAGAAUGCUUAAGCCACAAUAUUCUGGACAAGAUAGGAUGAUCAGUAAAAUGAUUGGUGAACGAUGGAACAAUCUAGGUCCUGAAGAGAAAGCUGUUUAUCAAGAAAGAGGUGUACAGGAUAAGGAGAGAUACCGGACGCAGUUGGCUGCUUAUAAAGAAGAACUGAGAACAGGCCAGCCUAUCAGCAAUGCUGUGCCUAUCCAGCAGAGACUUCCUCAGACAGAAGUAACGAAUGACCAAGUCGGCACGAAGGUGAGUGAAGGCGAUAUGCUUGUGUCCAACCAAGGGUACAGCAGUAGCGAUGAAAGUGAUCAUUCAGGAGAAAAAGCUGUAGGAGAUGAAGAGCUCAACACCGACACAUCUGCUGAGAUGAGCAUGGAAACAACUGAUUCUCCUGGACAGCCUGAUCCUGCUGCUGACAGAGACCGCUUUGAACUGCGGAGGAGGGAAAACCCCAAGGCUGACAAGAAACAGAAUGAUCCACCUGAUUCAUGAUUUGAAUGGUACAUUUCUGAAGGUAGAAAAGAGUGGAAUUUCAAUUGCUGCCAAGCUGCCGGAUUAGCCAGCUGCCUUCUUUUCAGUAUCUGGUUGCUGUUUUCUGCUUCCAUUUAUACAUUACCAUUGUCUUAGGAACAUCAAAGCGCUAAUGUUGUCAGUUAGCACUCUGUUAGCAGUUGAAAAACUCUUCGUUCAGAAUUUGCUUUGCUCACUUCCCUUUGAACUUCAGAGGGGACUGUGGUAGAUAGUUAAGGUAAAAUUCCCGGCAUGUGAGUGGACGGAAAUAGUUUUUUUAAUAUAUUCUUUCAUCCAAUGUAGUUACAGUUCCUUGACCAAUGUUCACUUGUUGGUAACAUCAGGGAAAAUUCAAAGCGGCAGUUGCUUCGAGCUA